AUGAUGUAAUCAAUUUAAAAUCAAAUGAAUAAGAUAGUCCUAAAAAUUUAGAAGUAAUAUUAAUAAGACCUGAUUUUACUCCAUUAAUCAGAAUAAAAGAAAGUAGCUGAAAGAAAUAGAUGAAUUAGAUUAAGAUUUUGAUCAUAAUUAUCAAUAAAUUCCUAAAAAUGUAAAAAAACGGUUAAGAUCUUUGAAAAAAGGUUAGAAUAGGCAUCAAAAAAAAAAGAAGGCAAAGUUAAAUAAAGAAUUUUUUACCAGAUACUCCACCUUAAUUUUUAUAGACUAAAAAUCUAAAAACUGAAGAUUAAGCUCCAAUAACAUCAAUCCUACAAAAAGAAGAACAAUUUUAGCACCAAAAAUAGCAUCUAUUUUUGAUGGGAGCCUUAAGUGAUCAUUAGUUGUCAAUCUUGUUGAAUUUAUUAAUUACCUUAAACUACUACAUAUAGUACCACAAGAAGUCAAUUAAAAGCUUUAACUAACCCUAGUAAUUAGUUUUGAGUAUUGACUGA